AUGGCUAUGAAUGUGGAUUUCAACGCGUUGAAGGCGCGGACCAUGGGGUCUGGUGCCGAUGAGGAAGCUGUGACUGUCGAUACAAGAGGAUUGAUUUCGAAAGUGCUUGCUCGAUAUUCCGGAAAAUGGACGGUCCUCCGAGAAAUGAUUCAAAAUGCCGCCGAUGCCUCUGCAACGAAGGUAACGAUCAAGUUUGAGACCCUUCCAUCGACCACAAUACCGUCACCUUCAUCGAAUGAUCCCACCGCACAUCUGAAACAUACCAUCACCAACCACACCCUUCGACGUGUUCUGAUCUCCAACAACGGCGCUCCAUUCAGUGAAAAGGAUUGGGCAAGAUUGAAGCGGAUCGCAGACGGAAAUCCAGAUGAAACCAAGAUCGGCGCAUUUGGAGUGGGAUUUUAUAGUGUUUUCGAUGAUUGCGAGGAGCCUUUUGUGUCUUCUGGUAGCCAAGCUAUGGCCUUCUACUGGAAGGGGAAUGCGUUGUUUACCCGCCGACUGGACCUCGGCGAAGCCGCAAGUCAAGACACCACUUUUGUCUUGGACUACCGCAAUGAUUCCUCCCCAGUACCAUCGUUGCUGCAGCUCUGUCAAUUUCUGUCGAGCAGUUUGACGUUUGUCUCAUUACAAGAGAUUGAACUUUGGUUGGAUGAUUGGAACCUUCUAAGGCUAUCAAAAAAGACGGCUCCCAGUGUCGAUGUCCCGAUUCCGAGAGACAUUGACACCAAAACUGCAGAAGGUUUGAUGAAAAUUGUCAAUGUCACUCGGGAAAUUGCCCAGGUAGACGCUUCAUGGAUGCGAAUUGUGGAAUGGAAUCCCAAUGCAAGCUUGUUCCGCCUUGAUAAUCUUCGAGAUACAACCAGUUCGCUGAGGAGUUUCUUCUCUAAGUUCACGCAAGGUACACCCGAGAAACAAUCCAAUGCCCAGAACCCGGAACCCGAACGCCGGGAAGACUCGGGCAACAUGAAUACUAUGCUUUCAGCGUCGGUCUUUUUGCAUAUCAACACCGCAUCGCUCCAGCCAUCUAUUAGUAGAGAUCUGAGCAAAGAAUUGGAACGGGCCACACGGAAGCCUCCACCCAAGAGAGCAACCCUCGCAAUUCUGACACCUUCUUACGAUGCCAACAUGGCGACUGGAGCGUCCUCAUCGCAGUCAGAAGUUCUUUCAUCGAUCUUACCUUCGAAAGGUGGAAGAGUCUUUAUUGGGUUCCCUACACAGCAGACGACUGGCUUGAAUGCCCAUGUCUCUGCUCCAUCAGUCAUUCCUACUGUGGAGCGAGAGAGCAUAGAUUUAAACACUCGGUACAUCAGCAAAUGGAAUCUCGAGAUGUUGCGUGCAGUUGGUAUUGUUUGUCGAAUUGCGUGGUCUGCCGAGAUGGCUACCAUAAAAUCGAAACUCGCAUCCAGAGUUGGACCAUCACGCUCGUCUAAGAUUCGGAAAGAAGACAUUGUGGAUGUACUACCAGAGGCUAUUCAUACUGCAAAUCAAUUUGCAUUCCGUGAAUCUACCCCAUCUUCUGUUCUGGGACAGACAAUCGAAGAUGCAUUCUGGAUGUGCAACAAAAAUGCAUCUAUUGAGGUCCUUUCCACCUGCGGUGUCAUCCCCAGUCAUCAAACGCGCAUCGCACCCAAAGAUCUCAGCUUCAUGGAUACAAUUCCUGCAUUGCCUGAAGACUUUGUGCAGGGCGCUAAAGAUUUUGUCAAACGGCUGACAGAUUUCGGGUUGGUCACGGAAGUAACGGUAUCAGACAUCAAACGUGAAUUAGAGUCUAAUACUUUGCGAUCUAACCAAAUUUUGGAAUUCAUUUCAUGGCUUGGCCGUAAAACAGUCGCUGGCCAACUUGAUAGGUCUUCAGUCCAGAGUCUACUACGCGUAGCAGUGGCUAAUGAUGAUGACAAAGAAGGGGUUCCAACUCGUUUGAUCAUCUUUGCGGACAUCACCUGUUUUUUGAACCCUCAGCGCAUUCCAGCGGACCUGCCCGUACCACCUAGCGUGGUACCUUUCAGGUUCACCAAGUCUUUAGACAAGUAUGAACUGGAAGCACUUGGCUGGGUCGAGCUGCAAAUCGUUCCUUGGCUUGGCUGGAUUGUCAAUAAUUGCGGAGAUCGCAAUAUUUUCUCAAUAGAUCAAGAUAUCACGCAGUCGGCAACCUUUGCGGGCCAGGUAUUGCCUGUUUUGUCAAAGCAGUGGGAGACUCUGAGUCAAACUUCAAAGCAAAGUGUUGUCGCAAAGCUUCAACCCCAGACUGUGAUCCCCACGAAACUUGGAAUGAAGCAACCUGGGCAGACAUAUUUUGCUUCUGUGCGUCUCUUUGACGACCUCCCUGUGGUUCAUGGCCUGAAUGGCGUCAAAGAGAAAAUCUUGGUCCAACUUGGAGUUCGCAAAACCGUGGAGCUUGGUGUGAUCUUUGAUCGUCUGAUCAACACCCCAAUCUCUAGUGAUGUGAAAGGUCCGGCGUCCAGGAAAUGGAGCCACGUUGAUCUCAUCCGAUACCUCGCCUCUGUACGAGAGGACAUCCCUGCGAGCGACAUCCAGAGACUAAAGGGGACGAGCAUCUGUACUGCCGAAAGUGGGAGCGGCACCGAGGGCACACGUCACAAGAUUUCCGAGCUUUAUGAGCCUAAGGAUGCGCUCCGAGCUCUCGGCUUACCGAUUAUUGAAUGGCCGGGAAUUUAUAGCAGCAACAGCAAUGAGGGUAAAUUCCUUACGAUGAUGGGGCUCAAGAGUUACCCACCAGCUUCUGAACUCGUUAUGCUCAUGUCAGCCGGGAGCACAGAGAAAGAUAGUCGAGCAAGCAAGGCUCUGUCAUAUUUCCUCGGCGAGUAUUACACAAAUGAGUAUGCUUCGUUUGAGAUCAGUGCGGUGACAGUGCCAUUCCUCCCCAUUGAAGGAUCUGAUAGCUUAAGCGUUCCGAAGAAGUGCUUUACCGAUGAAGGUGCUGCCUUGUUUGGUUUCAAACUUCUCAGAAACAAUCUCCACCGCCAUGCCUCCAGACUGGGAGUCAAGCCUCAUCCUCCCAUGACGGACUGUCUUCAAAUACUCGCAACGCAGCCCCCAAACACCCAGAGAGAUGCGCGGAUUGUGUUUAAAUACCUGGCAGGCAGGGUGGCCGAUUUAAGACAGCAAGAUAUAAACCGCAUUAGCCAAGCUCCUAUCAUCCCAAUCCCCAUCCGCGAUCAAUCAGAGAAGAAAGCCAGACACCGGUUUGUGGCCCCUAGGCUGUGCUAUCUUGGAGAUGGGGAGGACUACAAGGACAUAUUUGACUUUGUCGAUUUUGGACAGGAGGCGAAUCUCUUCCUCAUGGCCAUCGGCUCAAAACGAGAACCAACUAAGAUCGAGAUUGCACGCAUUCUGGUCCACGAGCCCGCACGCAUAUCUGCUGCAUUCCAAAGUUCCGAGAAAUACCUCAUGCUUCUCAGGACUCUCGCGGAGGUGCUCCCGGUGCUGAAGAAGGAUAAGGAUCUUUUCGCUGAGAUGCGGAGAGCAAAAUUCCUUCUCGCCAGUCGAGAUAUCCCGCCCACUACGUCACGUCCUGGUGGCAAAGAAAAGUCGUCUGUGAAAGAAUUCCACGACGAGGAGGAUGAUAUGGACAUCAAAGAAUGGAGCCUCGCCUCUGCCAAGGACAUUGUCGUGGUUGAUGAUUUCCAAAGUUUCAACCUCUUCAAAGAACACAUCUUUGCUGCCCCACAAGAAGAGGCACUGGAGGACUUCUACGCUGCUCUUGGGGCUAUACCCUUAAGUGGACUCGUUGAAGAGCAAUCACGAAUUGGCAAUAUCACCUCUGAUCAAACCGCUGCAUACAAACUGGAGAAAUUGAUCCUAGAACGUGCGCGGCUUUUCUUGCAUGAUCAGCCCGCAGACUAUAUUCUGCAUGGAGCCCGAUGGCUGGAGCAAUCCUUCAAAUCUUACGAGAUCGCUGAAGGGACGACGGGUGUCGCAAACGCAGAAAAAAAUGCGAUUGUCGCACAGCUGGCCUCGGGCGUGAGCAUGUGCAUCUGUCCGGAUCGAUACGACCUGUAUGAGAUCAGCCAGUCCUUGGUGCAGUUGAUUUUGAAGCGACCGAAGCUGCACUCGACCCUCACAUUGGAAAUGCUGUUGAAGACCGAUCUCUUAGAACUCCGGGCUCGAGGUUACAACGUGGAACGUAUUCUAAGACAAAAAGCCCAAGAAGCUCGGAUCGCGGAAGAUAAGCGCCAAAAACAGGUCGAGGAGGAGAGGCGUGUCUUGCAGGAGAGAGAAGCUGCCUGGGCGGCGGGUCAAGCCCAGCGUGACUCUCAGCGGGCCGACGAAGAGAGGGCCGAAGCACAGGCGCAGAAUGCGAUGCCUGGCGUUUUCCCGGAGUCGCCGGAAAGUAACAAGAGCUUGUCGGAAGAAGCACCUGCCGUUCCUCCACAGAAACCACCGGUGCGACCCAGUGGAAGCAUGUUUGUCAACCUGUCGAAACGGUUUGGCUUAAAUGGUAAAAAGUCUAGCUCAAACUCCGGCACUGAAGAACAAUCCCGGUCUCUUCUUCCCGAGUCUUCCACACCUCCGCCACCGCCUUACUCCCCCAAUGACCCCCAAAGUCAACAAAAGCGCCCAGAGCAAUCUGUAAAUGCCAAUUCACCUCACCGAUUGAACUCUGAGCUUCUUUCCGCUGUCCAAGCGUGCCGACCUCACGGAUCUUCCGACGUGUACAGUCGGCCAGAGACAAACGAAAUCCAAGAAAGCAAGUCCUACUGUGACGAGCGCCCCAGCCACGACCUGGAAUUCGUCGCGACGCUGCCUAGCAGUGGCGUGAACGUCCUCUUCACGAAGGCAGUCACUGAACGAUCCGCCUUCCUCUCGAAAAACCGCGUUGGGUUUAACCUCUUUGCUUCUAUUCUCCUUGAUUGUGGCACGAUCUUCUCGAUGCGAGCUGAUAGCCUGACCAUCUUCUAUGACCCGGGCGGCAAGACGAUCGCAUUCAACCGCGCGGGCAGUAUUUUCUGCAACUACUUUUACUUCCAGUCUUUGCAGGAGCAGGAGCUGCUCAAGAGCGCGAGCCCAAAUCGCGCUGAUGCUAUUGUUUAUUGGUGGGUGAUUUUGUGCCAUGAGCUGGCGCACAACUUGGUCGGAGAUCACAGCUCUGCGCACAGUUACUACACGGAGGGCUUUGUGGCGCAGUAUUUCCCUAAGGUUGUUGUCAAACUCGCUUCGCUGCAGGUCCCAGCUCCAGUUCCUCAACCUGGACAGUCUUGA